AUGAUUGACUAUAUAGCCUAUUCCGCGCCAGCUUGUCACGUUUUUCUUCCUGCCGAAAAACUCUAGAAACGUGACUAUCUCUCGCGGAACGAACUAUAGCAAUUCCACGUUUUAUUGGUAGUUUUGCAGGCCCGGCUGUUCACCUAAAAAAUGCCAGAUUGUUAGAUGGUGUUUGUUUCAACAAUUUGGAAAGAAUAGAAGUGAAUGAUCCUUAUGUAUAUUGCGAAAAUCGGGACCUUCUGCGUUUCGAAGGAAAUGUCUCAAAAGCAGUGAGGGACCUGUUGGAAAAAGUGGCAAACAAGGUGAUUAUUUUUUUCACAAUUUUGAACUUUGAACAAAAAUGGCUUGAGUUUUUAAACGGAAAAAGCUUUUGCGGUAAGUAUAAUGUUUUGAAGUUUCAUGGUUGCGUUACGGUUGACCGUUUGUCCCGAAAUGAAAAACUUGCUAUGGAAGUUCUCCACCUCGAACGCAGUUUUUUUUUUUGCCUUUUUUCGAACGCCUAGUCGGGCGCUACUUCGAAAAACUUGGUAAAAGCCUUUAUGAAUCUUUCAACUGAAAUUACAAUCAUUUACUUCAAGCAACGCGAUAAAGAGAUAAGAUCAAAUUUAGAUGUCUUUUCUAUUCAGACGCUCGAAGUUUGUAACAAGGUGACGACAGCAGCACCAACAACAGUGCCAACAGCAGAACCAACAACAGAACCAACAACAGAACUAACAUCAGAACCAGUCAUCACGACUACGACGACUUUCAACACCACGAUCGGCAUUGUGGCAGACUCUCGAUGCGGGCAGAAUUCGUCAGCCGCCGCCUCAGCGCGAGCUCAAGCCAACGCCGAUCGGAAAGACUGCCCUAGCUAUUGCAGCAGUAUUUAUAAUAGUUUUUUGGGCUUCUAACAUAGUUAUUUGCAGCCGGGAUGCUCAUCACAGCGAUAACAGUUUCCGUUGUUCUUUUAAUUCUACUGGCCAUCUCGACGUUUGCCGCUCUCAGAUUGUUUUUCUUAAGGAAAAACGAGGACGCCGAAAACGCCAAUCACCGUAUGAUCAUUAAAAAAAUUGUAAUCAUCAAAUUCAUAUUUAGUUUUCCCUUUACAGUCAAUCCAUCCCGAAGAAUGGUGAAAUAAAUAGAUACCUUUUCUGAAGACCAUAACCAGCAUAGUCUAAAGUUCCGAAAGCAAAAAUAACAAAACCUAAAAAAUUGAGUUUUUCUUGUUGCGAAAUCUAAAUUUUUAACUUACUGAGGAACGUUUUUUUAUCCCCCGGUUAUAGUCAAUGUUUCCCGACUCCAAAGGCGAGGGAGGCGGAGCAGAGGGCGGGACGCGUAGCGUGUGGGUACGCGGUUCUUGGCACGAGUUCAUUUCAAUUGCCAGCUUCGCAUGCUGAGCGGGGUAACCCAGCCGUGCUAACACGGGGUCUCAGCGGGUGCCCCCGUAUUAAACCCUUAUAAGCCCAGCUGGUAGAACUUUUGGCAAUUUUCAGUCCAACUGAGACCCGCUAUAGCACAGCUGGGCUACAUAUUUUUCUUACACCCGUUGUUCCCCCGUUUUAGCCCAACUGAGACUAAAAUAACCUCAGAAACACGGGUUUAAUACGGGUACACCCGUUGAGACACUUGGCCAGUACACGGCAUUCCUAAUGAAGUGAGGGAAGGUGAGCGAGGCGUCAAACUUUCUGAAUUUACAAAAAAAAAUUAGUGCGCGCUACGGAAAAAUUGCACUGAGUAUCAAACGUUAAUAACUUGUUUGUUCGAUCGCCUUCGGCUGUGUACUGUAGAUUUCAAAUUUCGCGCCAAUUUUUUUUUGAUAUCUCACCACCCCGUUUGGGAAUACCGUGCAGUAUGCGAGAGCGACUAAUUGGAGUGCUAGUUUACCGCAAUGUUCAUUUCUUUUCAAAAUAUAAAUUGAUUUUUUUCAUGUCUGCAUUAAAAUAAUAGUGGAACAUAUAAAAAAAAGCGGUGCCCGAGCUUUUUGAAUAGUCGGUGAACCUUGAAUUGAACACAUGCCAAGAACCGCAAACGCACACGCUACGCGUCCCGCCCCCUGCCCGGCCUCCCUCACCUUUCAAGUCGGGAAAAAUUGACUCUUAACUUUGGAUGACACUUCACUGAGGUGUACUCAAGGACCUUCUGAGUGCAUAACAAGAAAAAAAUGUCUCGCAACAGGUCUUGUUUUCGAGUUAGGACGCUCUAAAAGCAUGAAAUAGCGCUUUUUGUCACAACUUGCGUAUUUUGCGGACUUUGAAGCUUCAUAACUCGGAAACAAGAUCUUUUGCUAAAAUUUUUUUUCUUUUUCUGCAAUCAGCGGAUCCUAAAAAGGGGUAGAAAACGUUCCCUGGUUAGCUUCUCAAGAAACUUUUCUUCCGACAUUUAUAAAAAAAGAAUAUUAACUGACCUCAAAUUACACUAAAGAUAACUGCCGAGUCUGGCGGGAGAGAAAUGCUAGGUUGGUGGCGGUACAUUGACGAUCUCGCAAACAAUUCGCUCUGUCUUCGCGCGAGUUGCGCAUUUUUCUCGCUUUACUCACGCAGCUUGAAAACUUCCAAAAUGCGAGGUCGCGCCAAAAAAAAAAUGCGAGACGAAAGAGCGAGAUGUUUGCGAGUUCGUUUAAGUAAAGUCGAUUCACGGCCACGGCUAGCUUGUGACGUUAAAGGGGCGUGGUCUAUCUCAUCGGGCCAGGAGCCUUUUUUCGAUGGCUCAAGUCAGCCUUGAAUCAGCCACCGGCCUCGCGUUUAUCUUGACAGUUAUUCUUAGUUAGUGACAUGUUGUUUUGUGAGACGGGUUCGUUUUGUGAACUGUAUCAACUUUUUUUUGCAUUUUUUUUUGGAUUACACGAGGAAAAUUCUUUGAACGACGUGCAAAAAAAAAAGAAGAACAGCCAAAUUGAUGCCUAAAUUUUUCUUUCCUUUUUUUGGUUUUCAUACUUUGAUGUUUUUUGAGACGCAAACUAAAUGAGUUGAUUUCAGCAAAAGAGCAGCGUCAGAACGCUGAAAUGAGUGAAGCGUGCCCCAGGCAGCACCCUGACCAAAGGCCGAAAGAAACGGAAGCUAAAAACCCGCCCGCUCCGAACGAAUACAAGAACUCGAAGGAGAAGAAAUCGACGGAAAAUAACCCGGAGAAGGCGUAGGAGAUCAGUAUGGCUUCGAAUCGACACAAUUGAAUUCAAAAAAAUAAAAAGAAGGCAUCUUUUUUUAAUGUUUUUUUCAAAGUUUGAUUUCUCAAAUCAAUAAAUUUUUUUAUUGCACUUCGAAGCUUUGGUUUUUUUUUUCUAAGGUGGUUUUCGCGGUCUGAAAUAUACUUAUUUGAAAUUUAGAUAAUUUUAUCAAAAUUGGAAGACUUCAUACGAAACCGUGUUUGAUGCGUUUGAGAAGUACUAGAGUUACUUUUUGAUCGAGCUGGUCACGAAAUUUCGACUAAAAGAAAUUUUUGAAGAGUAUCUUGAAAAAGUGAGCAGUAAAGGAUUGAAAGAAGAAGCAUGAAAAUCAGAGACCCUAUAGGGACCACCCAAAUUUUAAUCCUACAGAGACGGUUCUUAUUACCUAACCCCUAUAGGUCCCUUUCUGGCUUUCCUCAAAUUGGUCAUUUAGAUUCACGACUCUAUAAACUUUGCCAUGACCCUGAAAAAAAAACGUGGAAUUAAUAAAAUUAAAGUGAAGUUCUCAGACGCGGAACUGGCAUUUAGUGUCGUGGAUCUUCGCCAACUGGCAGCAAUGGGUAACUUUGAGAACAUCCAUUUUUGUUUUUGCUUACUCCGCGCCAGCUUGUCCAGAUUCUUCAUUCUCCGAGCCCCAGAAGCCCAGAACCCCUCCGGGAGCACUCCCAUCGACGCACGCGACCUACUUCUGUGCAUGCGCCUUUAAUUUGAUUUCUUUUCAAACGAUUUUCCAUUCUUCAAUCUACAAUAAGUUCGUGAAAACGGCUGGGGGAAAAGAUUUUCUGAAUAUAUGACGCUGUAGCUGAUUCACGGCUGCCUUGAGCCAUCGAAAAAGGGUCCUGACACGACAAUGCACGAUAUAGCGCCUGGCUCGUGGAGAGCGCAGACAGGACACGCCCCCUUAGCGUCCCAAGCUGGCCGUUAAUCAGCUAUAACCCCCAUAUUUUUUAUAAGUUUAUUUUUUUUUCAAUAUGUAAUUGUUCGUGUUUAUGAAUUAUUAUUUUAUUUGUUUUCAGUGAUAGUUAUAAAGUCUAGAUUUAGUAUAGUCUAUUCAGACUUUGAUUGUCAAGCACGAUGACGUCAUUGGGAAAGUCUCUGUGGUUAGCCCGCUCUCUGAUUCGUUAAUAGCGCCAUCAGGGGCGGAGCUUGAGCGAUGACUUGGAGUUCGAAAUCGGAAGAGAUUAUAGGAUAUAACGGGAAAUGUAAGGAGCAUGCAUAGAGGAAGGCCGCGCGCAUUGAAGGGAAGCUUUCAGCAAGGGUUCUGUAGCUUGGAGGGAGGGGGGAAACAAAAGUCGAAAAGCUGGUUCGGGAUGGGCUGUACCACCAAUGAUUCCGUGAAUGCUCAGUGUCUGAGGGCUCAAAUAUGGUUAAAUGUUAAAUAUUCGCGAAUUUUUUAACGUAUAAUCUGUUCAGAUUUUGAACGUCAAACAGCUAGCUCCACGUCAAAGGCUGCAAUAUCUUUCGCGUCAAUGUUUUAUGUACAGAUGACGAUGGCCCGUUUAACGAGGCUGCAUUUUUGACUUCUUUUUUUAUCUUUUAAAUUAAAAAAGGUCAACGAUAAAACAUCUACGCAAAAAGGUACCGUAUCAGCAGGGGCAGAGUUAGCUGUUUGACAUUCAAAAUCUGAACAGACUGUAUUCAUUUUUCCGCGCUUCCCUAAAUUCCUCAACGUAAUUUUUUUAACGCAGAAUUAAUUUUAGAAUUUGGUUUUUUAAGCUCUUUUUGAAAAAUUUUGGUCGAUUCGUUCUAUGAACGUAAAUUCGAAAUAUUUAUUGGUCCUCACUUGAUUUGAACCCUGAAUCGAAGAGUUUGAAAAACAAAUAAUGACAUGAAUUGUGAGAAUUAUUAUUUUUCUCACUCUUCCGGUCUAGGAUGACAUGGUGUUUUUUCCUGUGUUGAUCUCUUGAAAUUCGCUUUUUCAGUUUGGAACAAAGCUCGUCUGAAAAGACAGCUUGUCGUCAUAUGCGGGAUCCUUUUUUGCGCGUUGUCAACCGCUUCCGCCCAAGGUGAGUUUUUUUUUCAAAAAAUUAAAGUAAUUUGAAUAAGGAUUACAAGUUUUUGAUGGCACCUUUGGCAGAUGAGGUAUUAAUUGAUUGAUGUUCCUAGAUGCAUGCUGCCCGGGGUCGAUGUGGUCUUAUCCAUCUGGGGACGCCGUCCCCCCUGGAUGCGAGGAUUCUAAAGUCACUUGCACGGAAGGCUCUGUUCACGUCGAACAACCUUCUAAGAAAUCUACAAUAGUUUCGAGCUUUUUGAUGAGAGCCACAAAGACCGGCGCUAUCAUUAUACUCGACACCGGAGGUGUAUCACUAAAAAUGUCCAAUCUGAAAGAGAUUGUUCACAAAGGAAUAGGUACGACUUUUUAUUCAAUUAAAAUUAUUAAUUUUUUUAAAAACCUUCGAAUACUAUGUGAAAAAAAGGAAAGAGGAUCCUCGAAGGUUCACGGCGUUUUUUUCAGUGAAAAAAAGAUGCAGAAAAAAAAUACCAGGGGCGGGCGCCUUAAAUUGUACGACUACCGUAGUUUUGAACUGUUCAGGACCCGUUUUUUUAAUACAAGACCCACCCUCUGAAGUUCUCAAGAGUUCAUUUGACGUAGUUUGAAACCGGUUUCGUGCAAAUUAGAGCCAAAUUAAAUUUGCUGAUGCAGUUUGAAGAUUUUUACAUGAAAUAUAUGAAUAAUCUGGAUUAUAUUUUUUUCUAGUUUUUUUAUGCUUUUCCGAAUUUAGAUAAACAUUUUUGCCAUACGAAGUUUUUUUAAUAAAUUUCUGCGUUCCAUCCAUUUGUUGUUUUUUUCUGAAGCUAGGAUUUCAAAGUAUAAAAAAAUUUCUUUUUUGAAAUGCUUCUCGAACUUUCCUCAUUUCACUUUUUUUAGAAUAUUUAUAAUUUCUUAUACAAUUGGAGCUGAUUCACCUUCAUAAAAUUUUUGAAUUUUUGUAAUCAGUAAUUUAGAGUUUUUCCCCUCUCAAAAAAAGUUCCUGAAUGUUUUUUAACAUUACUUUUUUUUAACAUUACUUCAAAAACUAAAGUCAAUAGAAACAGAAACAAUUCACCAAAUGAGGCUCUUAUUAAAGGCGCAUUUAUGACCGCCAUCAUCUACCAUCGCCGCGCAAGUUAAGCCGCCCGUGCGCUGUCUCAAGCCAGCCGUGAACAAGCUAUAACCUGAUUGCUAGAGCGGCCACUAAAACGUCAAAACCCUAAAGUGGCCAUUCAAAAUUUUCUCAGCUUCUUCGACUACGAGUUGCGCGUCAAAAGCCGCGUCGCAACGCUUCACCCAUGUUUUAAUAUAGCAAUUCUACGUUGAAUGGUAGUUUUGCAGGUCCGGCUGUUCACUUGAGAAAUUCCAAGUUGGUCGAUGACGAAUCUUUUAACAGUCUCGAGAGAAUAGAAGUGGAUGAUCCUUAUGUAUAUUGCAAAAAUCGGGACCUUCUGCGUUUCGAAGGAAAUGUCUCAAAAAAAGUGAGAGAGCUGUUGGAAAAAGUGGCAAAUAAGGUGAUUAUUUUUUUCCAAAAUUUUGAAAUUUUAACAAAAAAAUAGCAUGAGUUUUUGAACGGAAAAAAAGCUUUUGCGGUAAGUAUAAUGUUUUUGAAGUUUCAUGGUUGCCUUUCGGUUGACAUUUUGUCUCGAAUUUUAAAACUUGCUUUGAAAGUUCUCCACCUCGAACGCCUUUUUUAGUGGAACGCUACUUCGAAAAAAUUUGUAAAAGCCUCCAUGAAUCUUUCCAUUGAACUUACGAUCAUAUACUUCAAAUAACGUAAAAUAAAACCAAAUUUUGAUGUCUUUUCUAUUCAGACUCUCGAUAUUUGUACCACAACAGCAGCACCAACAACAGUGCCAACAACAGAACCAACAACAGAACUAACAUCAGAACCAGUCAUCACGACUACGAAGACUUUCAACACCACGAUCGGCAUUGUGGCAGACUCUCGAUGCGGGCAGAAUUCGUCAGCCGCCGCCUCAGCGCGAGCUCAAGCCAACGCCGAUCGGAAAGACUGCCCUAGCUAUUGCAGCAGUAUUUAUAAUAGUUUUUCGGGCUUCCAACCUAGUUAUUUGCAGCCGGGAUGCUCAUCACAGCGAUAAUAAUUAUAGUUGUGCUUUUGAUCCUACUGGCCAUCUCGACGUUUGCCGCCCUCAGAUUGUUUUUCUUCAGGAAAAACGAGGACGCCGAAAUCGCCAAUUUCUGUAUGAUCAUUAAAAAAAAAAUCUAAACCAUCAUAUUCCGAUUUAGUUUUCCCUUUACAGUCAAUCCUUCCCGAAGAAAUGAUCUCAAUUUUUUUGUUUUUUUACUUCAACUUUUUUUCUUUCCUCAUUUUAAAUUGUAGAUCGAAGUGAACUCGUUGGGGUUCACACUGAUCUAUGAAUAAAUUAUUAUUAUUAGGGGAAAUGGAUAGACAUCUUUUUGAAGCUGUAAAGCUUUAGUUUCCCAAAGCAAAAAAAAAAUGGCCGAUACUUGUCUGAACCGGCGAUUUCCGAAUCGAAAUCCGAUUCGAUACUUUUCCGAAUCGGGUGUAUACUUUUCCGAGCCCAAAUUUAUUAUGCUUUUCCGAAUCGGACUUCCAUUUUUUCAGAUAGAACCUUUCCUUCGAUCUUUUCAUUUCCGACCGCUUCCAUAUAAUUUUUCUCGAUCGGUUUCAAACUCUGUCGUAAUUAGUCAGAGACUAAUUUUCAGAUCAUUCUUUCCAAACAUUUCAUUCGUUGUUUCAGUCAAACAUGUCAUCGGCUAAGCUUUGAGCAACAACUUUUUGAGUUCUUUCGAUCAGCUGCCUUUUGUGAACUAGAAGUCUUUUUUGACGAAAAAUAUAUUAGGUGGUGAAGCUGAUUUCGGAGGCCUAGGCGGAAACCUUCAAAUGAGAGCAAACCACUAUGUGUGAAGAGGUAUUACGGCAAAAAUCAUUCGAAUUAAUUUUCUGGAUACUAGAACUUGCAAAUCGAUUGUUGAAAAAUUUCUAAAUCUUUUUUCAUUUCGGGUUCAAUAUCAGAUUUCUUCUGGUUAGAGGAUUUAUUGUCAAGGCUUUUCCCUGUAUUUUGUCAAAAGGCGAUUCUACUGAUUCUCCCAGCCAAUUUCUAAAAAUUUUUUUGCGUUUACGCUGCUGAUAGUCGUUUGAGGAUGAAAAAUACUCAAAAAAGUUAUCAUGACAAUUAAGCUUGGAUUAAGCUUCAGUUCUCAAACUUCCUGAUCUCUCAAUAACAAGUCUUCAGAAGAAAUGAUAUCUUUUUUUAGAGCGUUACAAAAUGAAUAGUAUUUUUGGGAAGAAUGAUCUGAACAGAAGUCUUUGACUAACUACGGCAGAGCUUGAAACCGAUCGAGAAAAAUUAUAUGGAACCGGUCGGAAAUGAGAAGAUCGAAGAAAGGUUUUAUCUAAAAAAAUGGAAGUCCGAUUCGGAAAAGCAUAAUAACUUUGGGUUCGAAAAAGUAUACGCCCGACUCGGAAAAGUACGAUUCGGAGAAGUAUCGUCUCGGAUUUCGAUUCGGAAAAGUAUCGGCCAGAAAUGCUAGGUCGGUGGCGGUACAUUGACGAUCUCGUAAACAACUCGCUCUGUCUUCGCUCGAGUUGCGCAUUUUUCUCGCUUUACUCACGCACCUUGAAAAAUUCCAAAAUGCGAGGUCGCGCCAAAAAAAAAAUGCGAGACGAAAGAGCGAGAUGUUUGCGAGUUUGUCAAUGUCCGCCACCGGCCUCACGUUUAUCUCGGCAGUUAUUCUUAGUGAUGCGUGAUGCUUACACGGGAAGUGCGAAAGGUCGAGGUAUUGGAAUUUAAUGAAACUUGGUAUAUAGGUACUACCGAACACCCUGAAUCCAAAACAGUUGAAAAAAAGUGCGCCUUUUUGGUUUUAGUCGAGUUAGGGCGCCUCAAAGUUUGCACGCAAAAAUGCAUUGGAAGGGAGGAGGGAAUGUGUUGCGGCGACUAACUUUCACUGCCAGCAGGUGUCGUGGUGUAGUGGCGAGAUUAAUCUCGACGCCCUAAUUUCCUGCACAGAGCAGGACAAAAAAAGAAUAAAAAAAUUUUUUUGUUGAAAUUCUUUCUCAAAACGACAUAAAAUAGUGAAUUUUAACACUUUGAACGGUAUUUUUCGUUCUAUCUUCAAAAAUUCAUCAAUUUUUUCGAAAAAAUUCAUGGCAAAAAAAAAUUUCACCAAAAAGGGUCCGAACCUGCAUCAUAGGUUUCACAGCGUAAGGCCUCUAGCCACUACACCACGCCGCAACACAUUCCCUCCUCCCUUCCAAUGCAAUUUUUGCGUGCAAACUUUGAGGCGCCCUAACUCGACUAAAACCAAAAAGGCGCACUUUUUUUCAACUUCUUUGGUUUCAGGGUGUUCGAAAGUACCUGUAUGCCAAGUUUCAUUAAAUUCCAAGACCUUUCGCACUUCCCGUGUUAAAUGUUCCUCUGAUACUCUCAUGUGUAAUUUUUUCAGUGUCCUAUGCCACACAAAUUUUCAAUUUGAUGAUUUACAUCCAAUCUGGCAGAGAUAAGGCUAUGCGUUAGUUCAUGAAUUCGUAUCGUUUUUUUUUCAUUCAGAGCUUUUUCAGUCAACUCGGUAAUGAUGGAUAGACUGGCGGGGAAGCGUGGAAAUCUGUGUAAGUAUAAUUUAUAGUCGAACACCCCUGUAUAUUAUAUACCUUUAACGAGGAUGAUAAGGGAAAGAACUGUGCUAAAAAAAAAGCACUUUUUGUAUAGUAUAAGGUUUAACCUGUACAACUUCCAAACUACAAAAAUAAAUAAAACUAGAAAGGAAACCUGUUAACACAUGGGCUCUGUGAGCAUCGAUGACACGCGAUAACUUUUGGUAAUAAAAAAAAAGUUUGUAUUUUUCUGACUGCUCGAAGCUUCCACAUAGACGCUUUGUAAAAUUAUAAAAAUUUUGAUACAGCUUUGGUUAAGCACCGCUCUUUUUUCGAACUCCUGUGGAAAAGUUACCGUAAAAAGUUAUUUUAUCUUAAUGUUGCUAGAAGUCCAGAAAGUAUUACAAGCGCACAAAUUAGGGUAUCUUUUUGUUUGAACUUUCCUGACUUUUUUUUUUGGAUGAUCGAAAAGGGGUAUAACCAUUUUUUCACAGAAAAAGGAAACGAAGUUCUUAUAGUUUCAGCCUAUCAGAGUCCCCUCAUAUUUCUUCUCUUUAUACCUCUUGCGAAUCUGUGCACAAAAGUUCUGCUUAUUUCCGCCCCUCAGGCAUAAGAUCAAGCCUUGCGCGGUUAUUUUCGGAUGAAAAAAUAUUCUCCUCUGAAAUUUUAAAUUCGUGCGAUUCCGCGAAAUUAUGCAAAUCCGUGCAACCCUGAUACUUGUUAGCUGCUUGAUAAUCUGAAAAGACUAUACACGAUUGGUGGCUUCUAAUUCUCUUUUUUUUCUUUAGUGCGAGACGUGACGAAUAUCCACUACCUGGCCAUUUCACGAAAAAACAAAUUCGAACAAAAUAUGCCGCUGGACCCGAAAACAGAUUUCGCUGAUCCCUUUCAAACUCCCUGGACUGAGCCAAACUUUUCUGAGUUCGACACUAGACAAGAAAUGACGGCAGAUUUUAUUGAAGCGGCGCAAAAGUUUGAAACUAUCAGAAAGGUUCAUGAAACUGGCAAGGAGUUUGAGCCGCCGGCGGGAACUAAGAUUUGGUCGGACUUGCGCAUGAAAGACGCAGAUAAGAUGGAACUGACCAAACUGGCCGAACAGCCGAUAGUCGAGAGAAAACCAAAACCCGAGAAGUCAAAAGGUCCCCCAAAAAUUCCUAAGAGGCGGCUAAAAGGAGGUGCCGAUCCGCCUUCCAAAGGAACCACCAGCGUCAAAGCUGAACAGCCGAAAAAGAAGGAAGACACGAAAACGGAAGGGGCGAGAAAGGAAGGCACGAAAAAGGAAGACCUGAAAAAGGAAGUCCCAAAAAAGAAGGAAGACACGAAAAUGGAAGGGGCGAAAAAGGAAGACCCAAGAAAGGAAGACACGAAAAAGGAAAACUCGAAAAAGGAAGACAUGAAAAUGGAAGGGGCGAUAAAGGAAGGCACAAAAAAGGAGGAUCCAAAGAAAGGUGAAGCGGAAAAGAAAGAUAAAGCAAGAAACGUCGUAGACGCUGCAAAUAUCGUUGUACGAGUUCUGAAAGAAGAUAAGCCGAAAGAAACGUUCAAAAUGCCGUCCAACUUGAUAAAAUUCGAUAAAUGUCACCCGCUGACUCUGACGGAACCAGUCAAUGUGAGAUAUGACACGUGCAAGACUAAAUCCAAGGUUUUGAGUGGGUUUUUCCUUUUCAAGGCAUUUUUCAUCAGCUUAUAGUUAGGACUGUUUUGAUUUAGCUCAUUACCUCACGCUGAUUCCAAUUAUGAGUUUGAAAAACACGCUACAAAUAGCAAUUUUAGAAGAAAUGGGUAUUUCAGGAGAUACUUUCUCAGUAAUGAUGUUUAUGAUCGACCAGCUACAGCUUUACUUCCAACUUCAUGGGAAAGGUUUAAAGAAAGCAGGAAGAAAAGAAAAAUAAGUUAUUUAUUUUUUUUAGCCCUGGCGCUUGUGAAUCAUAACGCGAACAUGGUAGAUAUCAAAGUCAUCGAGAGAGUGAGGACCUUCGCUGCUUAUGAUAAAAGCCUUUCGUCUUAUCCUGACUUUCCGUAUGAUGCGCUGAAGAGGGAAAAUAAUCCCAAAUGGAAUUUGGUUCCCACGCAAGCUGUUGGUGAGUUUUCACAGGGACCAAAACAUUCUUUUGUUAAAUUUGUCCACUUUCAAUCAAGUAUUUUUUGGAAAACGGUGAAAAAUAUUUUAUUAACAUGGGAAGUGCAAAAGGUGGGUCGAGAAUUUGAUGAAACUUGGUAUACAGGUACUUUAGGACAAUUUGAUUCCAAUAAAAUUGGAAAAGUGCGCCUUUUGCGUUCUAGUCGAGUUAUGGCAUUUCAAAGUAUGCACGCGAAACAUGCAUUGAAUGGGAAUGUGUUGCGGCGGAUAAGUUCUGCUGGCACUUGGUGCACCAUGGUGCGCUCAAACACCAGUGGGGAAUUUCCGGGUAACUCUGAGGGCAAUUGCCGCGCUGCGUUCCGGUAGCUACCCAAAGGCGAAAAAACGGCUUGCGGGGAAUUACCCUCUGCUCGCAUUGAAUUUUUUCCUUUGAAUUUUUUUCUUCCUUUUUUUCUAUUCUCAUUGUUUCGAAAAACUAUUCAUUGAUUUCACAAAAUGCAAUGAAUGAUUUUAUGAAAUUUAUUGCAUUUUUUAAAAUCUUUAUGAAUUUUAUGCGAGGUGAUGGAAAAUUCUGAAGUGGCUCGUGGCCUAACACGUAAGAUGUAAGAUGCAAGUUCCUCAGGCACUGACGGCGCGUUUUUGUUGCCAAAAGUGCGCAUGCGCGCCGCCUGCUGCGCGCACGCGCGGGGUGUCUCUUUUGUUUUUUAGCUUUUUAAUUGGGUAUAUGAUAAUCGGGCUGCGAAAAUCGAGCCGCCUUUUUUACGGGGCGAGACGAACAGAGAAAAAGAAAUAGUGUAGAAAUCAGAGCUGUUCUCAAGUCGAGGCGACCCUGGCCGAGGCCGCCCCGACCACGAAGCGCCCCGGCCUGGCCCGCGAAGCGGUUUUCAUUUAGGCCGCCGAAGCGAGCGCGAGGAUAUUUUUUUCCGUAUUUUUUGUUUAGUUUAGUUUUUCAUAUUGAAAACAAAUGUUUAAGUUAUUUAUGAUCCAUGAAAAGUUUAAUUUUAUUGUUUUUCACAGAAAUCUUGCUUUUUGAUUUCACUUUUCACAUUUUUUCGUUUUUCUCUUUUAACUUGCCGAAAUUACUUUGAACACGGCAUGAAAUACCAUAACUCGACUAGAACGCAAAAGGCGCACUUUUUCAACUUUAUUGGAAUCAAGGUGUCCUAAAGUACCUAUAGCUGAUUCACUAAUUUACUACUAGUUUGGGACGCUGAGGGGCGGGGUCUCUCUGCACUCUCCACGAUCCAGGCACUGUCUCGUGCAUUAUCGUGUCAGGACCCUUUUUUUUCGAUGGCUCAAGCCAGCCGUGAAUCGGCUACAUUAGAGUUCUCAAAACCAAACUUUUGAAAAAAUGAAAGUUUAAAAACAUGAAAAAGUUUGUUUUCAACAUAUCGAAACAAUUUUAUUCUCAAACAUUGAUUGAAAACGAACACAUCCAAAUCGUUCAAGUUAUGAUCAAACUUUUUCCGACCGAAAAACAAACGUUUGUUUUUUCGGUCAAACUUAUUUCAAACAUUGAAGGAAUGUUCGUUCCGAUCAAACGUUCGAUUUCGAAAUUUAAAUCAAAGGUCCGUUUCAAUAAAUGUUUGAAAAAUGUUUGAUUGCACGUCCGUUCAAACGUUUGGUUUUGAAAACUCUAGUACCUAUAUACCAAGUUUCAUCAAAUUCUCAACGCACCACCUUUUGCACUGCCCGUGUAAGCUAUAUCGAACAACCGCGAGCUGGAAGUCAAAACGUGUAGACGAAAAUUCGAAAAAUCAAAGAGUUGACAUAGAAAACGUUUUUCUCCUUCUCAAAAUAUCGUAAUACGAUUUUUCUUCCCGUUCGGAACGCAUUUUUCAGCCUUUUACGAUGAGCUCAAAAGGCUGCGCUUUUCUGCCCUUCCGAAGGAGAAACGACUUUUGGAGAUGUUGGAGUUCGAACAUGCCCAUCGGGCAAAUAUCUUGCACGCCGAAGGGCUCAACUAUUUCUACUGGUUCAAGAGUUCGUUUUGCCCCUCACGGUGUUUUUUUCAUUACCACGGCGUUCCCAAACGGGGUGGCAAGACGUCAAAAAAAAUUUGGCGCGAAAUUUGAAAUCUACAGUACUUCAGCCAAAGGCGAUCGAACAAACAAGUUAUUAACAUUGAAUAUUCAGUGUAAUUGUGACGUCACGUGACGUAAUUCUAUCCGUAGCGCGCACUAAAUUUUUUCUGUAAAUUCAGAAACUUUGACGCCUCGCUCACCUUCCCUCACCCCCAUUAGGAACGCCGUGAUUACGCAAGGUCAAGACUUUUUGUAAAUUAUGAUGCUCAGGAUGUAAGCACACCGAGACGCACUAUCGCAUACUCAAAAUUGUUUUUUUUUUUUCAAUUCUAGAAUUUGCAAUUUCAGGAUAAUAGCUCCUGAAAUGUUCGAAAUUUGUCAGUUUGAAGAAUAUGAUGAGAAAAAAGCAUUCACUUAUAGCUGAUUCACGGCUAGCUUGGGACGCUAGUGGGCGUGGCCUGUCUGCGCUCUCCAUGAGCCCGGCACUAUCUCGUGCAUUAUCGUGUCAGGACCCUUUAUCAGAUGGCUCAAGUCAACCGUGAAUAAGCUAUACUUUAAAAAACAUUUAGGAACGAUUUCGAAAGGGGAAAACUCUAAAUCACUGAUUACAAAAUAAAAACAAAAAAAUAUUAUGAAAAUGAAUCAGCUCCCAUUUAAUAAGCAAUUAUAAAAACGAAAAAUAUUGAAAUGAGGAAAAUUCGAGGAGCAAAUGAAAAAAAGCAACAUUUUAUAUACCUUGAAAACCUAGCUUCAGAAAAACAAAUAAUGGAUAGAAAGCAGAAAUUUUAGAAAAACCUCGUAUGUCGAAAUGUUUGUUUAAAUCUGAAAAACCAUCAAAAAAACUAGGAAAAAAAUAUAUAAUUUAGAUGAUGCAUAUAUCAAAAUCAUUAAACUGCAUCAGCAAAUUCAAUUUGGCUCUAAUUUACACGAAACCGGUUUCAAACUACGUCAAAGGAACUAGAUAAUAACUUUUUAUUAUUAACUGAUUAAAUUAAAAACUAUAGUUUCCGAAAUAGAGUGACUCUUUUCAUGUCGCGAAACAGAUUUCAAAAUUUUGAAAAAUUAGGACUUUAAGAAAAAUCUUCAGCUCUUUUGAGAAAAAAGUUAAAGAUCUGAAACCGGUUUAGAAAAAUGCGCAAUUUCAAGCUCCACAAGAUUUACCCAUAGAGAGGCGGAUCACAUAAAUGCAAGAAAUAGAAAAAAAGUAAAAAAACCAAUGAAAUAAGUGAAGAAAUUCAAUUUUUGCAUCAGAAACCAUGAGAAGGGCGCAAUAAUGCGCCACGGAUAAUAUGCCGCUGGGACCCAAAAUUUCGCAUCAUUGCGCGGAACACCGUGCGCAAAAAUGCUCUUGAAAAUAGAGAAUAAAAUUAGCGGCGUUUCUCACACAAAAAGCGGUCGAACGCAGGUUUUUUGAACGAUUAUAUACAUUUAUCAGUGAAAAACCUUUCAAUUAAAAGAAUAAAAUAAAAAAUUCGUCUUUGCCAAAAAUUUACGGGGCCGUUUUAAUGCAGCGAUCGUUGAACGAGGCAAAAAGCACUAAAAAAACAGUUUUUUCGAAGUGAAUUUCCACGGAAAGUUUGGGUAAAGAUUUUCGAACAUAUUCUGAUAAUAGCAGCUAAAUUACUUCAAAUUUUUAUUUUUGAAAUAGGCAAUCUGUGCUAUCCAAACGGCUCAAGGGUAUGGCGGAUGGAAGCUCCCCUCGCUAGACCUGACAGCUUGGCGCAGCGCGUGCGCUGCGGUUUCUCAUUUUGAGGUCGCCAGUUCGAUACCGUCAGUUUUUUGUUUUCUGGAAAAUACCGACUUUUUCGGCAAACUAGCAAAUUUUUUUUUAGCACUCUAUUAUGAUUUGUUACAUCAUAAUAGACCAGUUUCAAAACUUUUUCUAGAAGAAAAAUCGAGAAAAACGUCAAAAAUGGAUAAUACCAAAAUUCCAGUACUAAAAAUUGGUGCGCGGCGAGCCACAUUUUUCGUCAUAACUUUUUUCAUCCUCAAUCUUUUUUGAAAAACUAAACGGUUCUGAGUUUUGAAUCGAAACAGCUAUUAAACCAUACAAAGAUCAAUGCUGAAAAAAUUUUUUUGAAAGUUCGUUUGCGGUCCCUAACUAUAGUCAAUAUUUCCCGACUUGAAAGGCGAAGGAGGCGGGGCAAGGGGCGGGACGCGUAGCGUGUGCGUUCGCGGUUCUUGGCACGAGAUCAAUUAAAAUGUCGCCGACUAUUUAAAAAGCUCGGCCACCGCUCUUUCUCAAUGUUUUCUACUAUUUUCUGAUGCACACAUCAACAUAAUAAAUAAUUGAAAAAAAGGAAUGAAAAAAAGCGAAAAAAACGGGCUUUUUCAAAGAGUAGAUGGCGGUUGAAUUGAACACGUGCCGAGAACCGCGAACGCACACGCUACGCGUCCCGCUCCCUGCCCCGCCUCCCUCGCCUUUCAAGUCGGGCAACAUUGACUAUACGUCAAAGGAACUAGAUAAUAACUUGUACACAAAUCCACAUUGUGCAUAAAAAUUAACUGAUUAAAUUAAAAACUAUAGUUUCCGAAAUAGAGUGACUCUUUUCAUGUCGCGAAACAGAUUUCAAAAUUUUGAAAAGUUGAGACUUUUAGAAAAAUCUUGAACUCUUUUGAGAAAAAGUUUAAAGAUCUGAAACCGGUUUAGAAAAAUGCGCAAUUUAAAGCUCCACAAGAUGUACCCAUAGAGAGGCGGAUCACAUGAAUGCAAGAAAUAGAAAAAAGUAAAAAACCAAUGAAAUAAGUGAAGAAAUUCAAUUUUUGCAUCAGAAACCAUGAGAAGGGCGCAAUAAUGCGCCACGGAUAAUAUGCCGCUCACAGUGUUCCCAAACGAGCGGCAGCUGUGGUCAGUAGGCGUGGCUGACUGCAACAGCGGCACGGUUUAUUGCAAUAGGGGCGCGGGAAUGAGAGUCAAGUUUUGUGGAUUUAGUGGUUGGAAAAAGACCAUUAAAUGAUGUUUUUCCUAGGUUCUCGCAAGUUUUCAAAGAUUUUUUUAAUGUGUAUGUAAUUAUAACGAACAAAUUUAAAUGAAAAAAAGAGACGAAAAAAAGUUAUUGCAAAAACAAAAAUAUCUCCUAAAAAUGUCGUUUUUUUAGGAAAAACUCGUCAAAUCGAACUUCCAAAGGGAAAAAUUGAGAAAAAAACUCAAAGCACUUCUCUUAAGAAAUACUAUUUGAACGUUUUUAAAAACAAAAAAACAGAUACAUAAUAGCUUGUACGAAUAAAGUUGUCACCCAAAAAUGACAUUUUCAAGAAUAAAUUCGUCGAAUACUGCCUCGAAAAAAAAAUUUUGAGAAAAAUCUCACAGCGUUUCUCUUAAGAAAAUCCAUUUGAAAAUUCUAAAACAAAAAAACAAACGAAAUAUCUUAUGCGAAAUAAGUUGUCAUCAAAAAUGUCAUUUUAAUGCAGAUUUCAGUGACGAGAACAAUCGGAAAUCACUUCAAAUCUCUGGAAAACGCGAUAAACACGUUUUAAGAACACAUACGAUGUGAAAAAAUACAAAAGAAUGGUAAAAUACGCAAGAAAAAGAGAAAAAACCGUAUUAAAAGUGAAUGAAAUUUCGUGGGGGUGACACGCGCCGCACCGCCUUGCGUUAGAAAAAACUCGCGUUUUCGCCCCAUUGCGACGACCUUUUUUUUUCGCUUGCCGCCGUCUCUUUUGGAACACUGUGCGCUGGGACCAGGCUUGUGCGUCAGGCCGGGCUUCGGGCUUCAUUUUCAAGAAAGAGCCCGCGUGGGCUCGGGCCGGGCAGGCUUCAAAAACAAUUCAAAGUUUUAUUUAAAAAUUUUUUACCGAAAUGUGGCUUUUACUUGUGUAAUCAUCGUUUUUGUUAAACUUUAAUUGAAAAACUGAGCAAAAACCUAAUUUUUGUCGUAAAAAAACUUGAUAUCCGAUUAGAAAAAAUUGCGCGCUUCGUAGCCGGGCGGGCCAUUUUUCUUGAAAACAUGUGUAUCGUUUAUUUUUCAUAGGAAAAAAAAAUCUGAUUAGGAAAAGAGUAGGAUCAAUAAAAACAGAAAAGUAAACCGAUUGUAAGCUCGUAGAUGAUCUUUAAAAGUUCAAAUUAGAAAAAAAAAAUGAAGGAGGGAGGCUCGAAAUGAAAAUGAAAGAAGUUUUGAAAAAGAAAAUUAAGUUAAACAAUCAGAUUGACACUAAGUUCCCUUGAAAAUAUGUCAGUAAGCUUUGACUCGAUAGUUUUCAGCAUAUCCUUCAUUUGCUGCGUCAAGAACUUUUCUAAAUGAUAAAAUCGGUCAAAAAAGAGAAAUACUGAAAAAAAAUUCCAACUUUGAAUAAGAGAAUAACUCACAGGACCGACUGUAUCAAGACAGCAGUAUAGACGAUUCACGGCUAGCUUGGGACGCAAAAAGGCGUCGCCUGAUUGCACUCUCCACCAACCAGGGCACUGUCUCGUUUCUUUUCGUGGCAGGACCCUUUUCUCGAGAUCUCAAGCCAGCCGUGAAUCAGCUAUACGUGCUUUCUCGAAAUCAUGCCUCAUUUCUUCUUUCCCUUACCCAUCGACGCCAAAGUGCAAAUCAUAUCUUCAAGUAAAAAUAGAUAUACUGUUUCAAAAAUAGUUUACCAAGAAUCUUAUUGAUUGUAUCCAAAAGCAAAGUUUUGGUGCCAUCUCCCACGGUAUCUUUCUUGACUUUUAUUGAUCGGAAAAAAAAAAAUGUUAGAUGCCAUUUUGAAGUACUAAUAACCUGAAAUUCUUGGUUAAAACAUGAAAAAAGUGCGGAAAAAGGACAUUCAAAUUCAAGAAAGGUGUGCAGUUCCGUCAAAAUAUGUACAAAAAAGCUUUUUUUUGAAUCACAACUUUCUUUAAUGGGAUUUAACCCUUUUGAAACUUUCUGGAAAUGUGAUGACUGUUAUUUGUAACACCGUGGUGAAAACUUAGAAACACAGCUGAAAAAGUUUCAGAAAGAUUGAGCUCCAUACGAGGAAGUUGUGAGCGAAAAAUAUUUCUCCUUUUCUGACAUACUGUAUUAGCGUUACUUUUAGUUGUAAAAUUAAAAAUUUUAGAAAUAUUAAGUGAAAAAAACAGAUAGACAUAAAAAAUCAGAGAGAAUAUAAUACACGAAAAAAAUAAAACAAUUCAAGUAAAAAUUUUGAUGGCACUUAAAUAGUGUCCAAUCGAUAAUACGCGACCUCGCGCCGAUAUCGCGCCGGGAGUUUGCUAGAGCUGAGCGAGAUGGCAGCGAGAUAUGUCGCUGCUAUGUCGCGCCACUCUCGCUGCGAUAUAGUCCAUCAUAAUGGGUGAAGGCUGGGACCCAAAAUUUCGCUUUUUUUUUUUCAUUUCGCGGAACACCGUGCCCUUUCUUGUCAUUUUUCGAUGGAAUUUGAAGGAAAAAAGGUUCAGAUAUAUUAUAUGUUUUGAAUUUUUUUUUUUGAAAUUUUUCUAAACAAAAUUCAUCUUUUUUUCUGAACAAAAGUGAUCUUUAGAAAAUAGAACAAUCUGCCCCGACAAUCCUCUUUUUGACAAUUGUGAGAAUUUCGAGAGAAACAAGAAUAACUAUUAAAGUCGCAUUACUGGAAUCCGAAAAAAUUUUCAAAAAAGCGAGAAUCGAAAUUGGUCGCGAAAAGUUCUUCUGAAAAAAAAGUUUUUAAUUGCGGCUUGAAUCUGAUAUUUGGAAAAAAAAACUUGAGUGAAAAUCUCAAUUUCCCUGGCACACAUUGACGUAGAGAAAAACGAUACGGGCAAAUUCCAAAGAGCCUCAAAAAGAAAAGUCUAAAGCUCCUUUUUGAGUUCUUAAAAAGGUGUCUGAAGUUUCUGGGAUCCCUAGUAGGUGUAAACAAUUUUGCAGCAACCGUGUCAGUUAUUUAACAAUAACUGUUUUUUCAGCUUUUAUACCACUUGGAGGAACCAUUCUGCCGGGCGAGGGUUACGGCGACGCUGUUCUUAGAACUCUCCGUAAGGAUUCAUUUGAACGAGGUGCAAAAAAAAGAAAAAGAGCCAAAUUGAUGGUUGAAGUCCUUUUUCUUUUUUUUUUGUUCUCAUACUUUGAUGUAUUUUGAGUUUGGUUGAAUGAAACAUUUUUUCAGAAGAGGAGCAACGUGAGGAAAAAAUUUUGGCUGAAAUGAAGGAAGCUUACUACAGGCUGCACCCUGAACUACGACCGACAGAAACGGAAGCUAAAAACCCGCCUGCUCCGAAAGAAGAAAAGAACUCGAAGGAGAAGAAGUCGAAGGAAAAUAACCCGAAGAAGGCUUAGGAAAUCAGUAUGGCUUCGAAUCGACACAAUUGAAUUCAAAAAAAAUAAAAGAAGGCAUCUUUUUAAUGUUUUUCAAAGUUUUAUUUCUCAAAUCAAUAAAUUUUUAAUGCACUUCGAAGCUUUGGUUUUUUUUUUUCUAAGGUGGUGUUCGUGGCCUGACAUAUACUUGUUUGAAAAUUUGAUGAUUCUUUCAAAAUCGGAAGAUUUCAUACUAAAUCUCAGUAUUACUGUCUUUCUUGUUUCACUAGUACAUCUCCUUCACACCACCGACGAUUUUUUGCUCGCAAAAACGGUUUUGAGACGUUUUUUCUGGUUCAAACCACGACAAAAACUCUAAAAAAUCAUAUCUCCAAAACGAAAAAUUUGCGCAGAUAGCGGCUAUGAGGAAUCGAUUCCCAGUCCAUCAAAGAUUGUUUGAGCAAAUUUUCAGAAAAUUCCAAACCCUACACAAAAAUGACCUUCCAUGUCAGAUUUUAAAUGUCAAGUCGUCGCUCAAGCUCCGCCCCCCUGGCGUGAUGAACCAAUCAGAGAGCGAGCCAUCCACGGAGCGUUUUCGAAUGACGUCAUUCUAUUUGGCAUUCAAAAUCUGAACGGACUAUAG